AUGGCUGGAAUAGUGGAUCUUAUUGCUGAUAUCAAUGCUACCAAGCUUUCUUGGUCAUUGGUUGUGGAUUACAUAGGUGAGGUUGUGGGAAAGGAAGAGGCCAGGGGAAUUAUCACAUGCACGGGUCACCAAAGCAAGCGUAUUGCUCUGCAGUUGGAGGACCUAGAGAAGAAUAAAAUUAAGUGUACAUUGUUUGGAGAGUUGGUUGACCAAGUGCUUCCACAACUUGAACGAGAUGAUGGGGAACCUUUCAUAUUAGUGGUCCAACUUUUUAAGACUAAUGUCUAUUUGAAUUCACUGAAUAUUCAAAGUACCUACUAUGUCUCCAAAGUUUACUUCAAUCCAAAUCUGACUAAGAUAAAUGAGUUUAAGCAAAGGUUGAAUAAGGAUAUUAUUUCCCCUUCACAACGCAUUACUCAACUUCAGACCCAACCUCAAUACUCUGCCACGGAUGAGAUCAACACAGGCAUUGUUCCAUUGAAGACUAUAGAGGAGGUCCUCAAUAUGCAACUGGUGAGGUUCGAGAUGUCAUGCUGGAUAAUUGCCAAUAUUGUAUCUCUAGAGGUGGGAAAAGAUGAUUGGUGUUACACUUCAUGUAAGACAUGCCCGAAGAAGGUUGUUGAAAGUAAAGAUAGGUAUUGGUGUGACCAUUGUAGACGUGUAGGCUUCAAGGCUAUGUUGAGUAAUUCAAUUCUGCUUCCACGGUGCUGCAGGUAUAGGCUACAAAUAAUUGUUACUGAUGGAACUGGGUGUCUAAAGCUCAUUGUGUGGAAUAAAGAAGCAGAGCAGAUGGUGGGAAAGCCUGCUGACAAAGUUAACGAGAUAUGUAUGUGGGAAAAGACAAACUCAUACCCAAAAUACUUGGAUAAUGUUAUUGACAAAAGAUUCUUAUUCAAACUGAACAUUACAUACAAGAAUAUAAAUGCCAUUGAGGGCGUAUACAGUGUAACCAAGCUUUCAGAUGAGGACUUCCUCAUAUCGAGCUUCGGGUGUGCCAGCUCUUCUGUUGAAGCCUUUACUUCCCAAAUAAUGGAUCAUACCUCUCUAACUGAGACAGAAGAUGAUAGCAAUGCCCACGGGGGUAGUUUCUCUUUCGAAGUGAUGAAACUACUGCAUGCACACUCACCAUGUAUACCAGCACCACAAGAACUUGGGAUGUGGUUUUGCCAUGUCCAUCAUAUGUUCAAAGGGAGUGAUCGGGUCACAACCUCUUUUUACAGAAACUCCACCAGUGACAAUUCAAGUAUGAAAGUUGAUGAAGUGAAAAUGUUUUAUGAUUGUCGAUACAUAUCUCCUUGUGAAGCUGCCUGGAGAAUAUUUUUCUAUGACAUUCACUAUAGAAAUCCAUCUGUUGAGACGCUGAGUUUUCAUUUACCAGAACAACAACCUGUUGUAUUUACAGAUAAUGAAUCAUUAGUUGAAGCUCUUGCGAAGGCCACUGUAAAAGAGUCCAUGUUUCUAGCUUGGUUUGCAGCUAACGAAAAAUAUACGGAAGCUAGACAACUAACAUACACUGAGUUUCCAGCAAAGUUUGUUUGGAAACCUUCACCUCGAGCUUGGGAACCUAGGAAAAGUCAUCAAGUCAUUGGAAGGAUGAUUUUCAUUCCACCAUCAUCUGAUAUUCGAACCUACAAUGGUGUUAUCUAUUCAUCAUUUCGAGAUGCAUGCUAUGCACGUGGGCUACUUAAUGACGACAAAGAAUAUAUUGAUGCCAUUAAGGAAGCAAGUCAUUGGGGCUCAAGUCAUUAUUUGCGAAAAUUGUUUGCGACUCUAUUGUGGUCUAACUCAAUGGUGCGACCUGAAACUGUAUGGAAAGAAACUGCCAUAUUAUUAUGUGAUGGAAUUUUGCAUAAUCACAGACCCAUGUUUGGCCGAUCUGAUUUGGUUUUCAGCGAUGAACAAUUAAAGGACCUAACUUUGAUUGAGAUUGAACAAAUAUUGAACAUUAACGCCAAAAGCUUGCGGGAUUAUCCGACAAUGCCAUUUCCAUCAGGGGAUACUGACCAUCUUAGAACAUGA